AUGCAUGCAGGUGGUUGGACAGGCGUGUUCUGGGACAUGGAUGACUUCCCACUCCCUCCUGGUCUCGAUUUAAAUCAGUUUGUUAAGAAUGUCGAGUUAGCUAUAUUCCGUCAUGGUAUUCGUUGUGACGUGGAGUUCUAUGCUUUUGGUAGUUCGGAUUCCUUUGAUUUUGAUAGAUAUGUCUUUACCGAGGGGUCCUUUACCGCAUAUAAAUUUGUCGAUAAACGUACAAGGUUUUAUCGUUGUUUACAUACCAUCCUACGCUGGAUUUACCACCGUAAACAGUAUGGAGGGGUAAAAAAUGUGUUGUAUAUUGCAAAGGGUAUCCCAGGGGAAGAUAACGAUAACAUGGACAGUUUUUUUGACCAAAUGAUUGAGAGAGGUCAUAAUGUUCUCACAGUAGUUCCUGACGGAACCUCACCAGAAAAUUUUGAUUAUCUUGGGCCAAUUUCAGCUUGGUAUUGGUCAGACUUAUGUUCUGGUGGUACGGCCAUCGCUGACCUGGAUUCUAGUACUGAUGACGAUUCCGAUUCCGGAAGUGACUCACCAGAAACUGAUCGUGCUCAAGGUGUGAAACGUGCGAGUGAAACUGAUGCUGCUGCUGCUGCUAAAAGUCUUCAAAAAAGUAGUUGA